GAGAACGCACAUCUGAUUGGAUUUUAUAGUAGAGCUAAGUCCUUUGUGUGGUGUCUAUAUUUUUUAUAAAUUUGCAACAUGAAAAUCUAUUUAAUAUUGGGUCUGCUGUUAACGGCGGUGUGUGCCGAGAAGAAAAUUAAUUUGGAAGAUAUAGAGAGAGAUAAUCUGAGGGCGGAGGGUAAAGCCAAGGUCGAGAGCAUUCAGACUGAUGAAACGAAAUAUGCCAUUAAAUCCAAUCAACAGCAGUAUCAAAUACCAAACCAAUAUAGUACUUUGGGUAAUUCGGAACCGUACAUUCCACCUCAGCAACUGCAGGAUAUAAAAUAUACCCAAGUGCCACCCGAAGAAUACAUUCAACCCAAUCCAUAUUCUGUAAAUGAAGCACAAUAUAAUCCAAGCCAAAUUCUGCCACAGCAAAAUAUUCAGCCAAUACAAUAUUAUGGUGGAUAUCAACAACAAGUAGAAAUACCAACGAAAGGCAUUGCCUUUGAAUCUCAGAAAUUAAAUUAUCAACCGGAAAUUGCAGUGGGUAAUCACAUUCAAAGUGUUCAACAGAAAGCAGUUACGGAAAAAUAUACAAAAACUAUUAAUAAAGAACCUCUUUACAUUGAUGUUCCGGUGACACAAUUGCUUUCUUAUUAUCCUCAAUUGAAUAUUAAUCCCUUAGUAGGUUUAAAAGGUGCCGAAUUGGCGCAACCUCCGUUACAGCUAGCGACUAAUAUAGCUCAACCAAUUUCCAUACCUGUAUAUACCCCCGUAUAUAAUCAAAAACAAUUGGUCCCUUCUGUAAAACAACCUUAUCCCACGGUCGGGCCAAUAACAUUCACGACCAAGGCGCCGAAAGGAUCGUCUUAUACAAUUCCAAUUGCAUCAAAGAAAAAGAUCAAUUCGACUCCCUUGUUGACACCCCCCUUGUACGUCCAACCCCAGCAGCCGUUAAAUCAAGGAAAAACUCUGUUACAUACGCAAGCUUACGUCACAUCCCCGCAACCGCAGUAUGUGCAGCAAUUAGUUUACACGCAGCCUGGCAUAGUUUACAAUGAUCCCGCUGCUGCUUAUAGCGAUCUUUAUGCACGUUUACCAGCUUAUAUCCAGGAUAAUUUCCUCCGUGGACAAGUGAAUCAAUAUCAAACACAGCAACAAUUAUACACCACGCCGAUAAUCUCUCAAGCCGAAACGCCAAAAGAAGUCUUGCAGGAACAGGUCAAUCAAGAUAUAUCGCAAAAUUAUAACAAGGUGCCCGAUGAGCCCAAAACUCAUUUCGUACCGCCUCAGUUCCCUCCACAUGACUUCAAAGCCGGAAGUGCACAACUGGAGCCUAUUCGGGGCCCCUUCGAAAACGAGCAGACUUUGCCAGUACAAGAUCAUUCAUUUCCUUCGGAGCCGAGGUCGCUACUUGACACGUACAUUCCGAGCAAAGUCAUUGCCGCGCAGGACACCGCCAGGUACAGAGAAAGGCCGAUAAAGCUGGAAGGGGGUUUCCUCCCGUCGAAAGUGAACUUUGCUCCUAAGAAGCGCAAGUCUGAGUGACGAGAAUCGCUAUGAGCGACAUGACGAUUGACGAAUGUCAUACACACAAGGGUCAGUACAGCUUGAAAACUUGAUUACUAGCGAUUAUACGACGAUCGAGGCAUAUGCGGACAUCUAGGAUGUAUCAUCUGAACAGAUCGACGGUAUUAUCGCAUCUAGUCUUUCAUCGAAGAUCAUGCGAAACCUUUUUAUACUGUUCUCUUUUACAUUUGUAAAGACGCGCCUAAUGAAUAAACGGCAAAUACUUUGUUUAUGAUUUUUCAAUAAAAUUUUAAAUAAAACAUGCAA